GAACGGUCUAGCUGGGGCUCUGUGCUGAGGUGGCUCUGGCUCCCCCACUAGUGCUCUUUGGACUUAGGAACCUCAAGACCCAGGAUGGGGCAGGUAGAUUGUAUUGGAAAUACAUCUUCCUGUCCUGCCCUCCCUCCAACACCUGCAGUGGUCACUUUUCAUUUAACAUGGAGCAGGAAGAGGCCUCAGUAGUGUAAAUCUUCAAGUCUGAGAUGUUUGUAAUAACUAUAAACUGUAUGCUUUCUUUUUUUUCUCUUUAGAGAAAGCAACGAUGUAGAUUUGAUGGCCAAGAAACAAAAGAAUCUAAGUACACUAGCCUGAAUGCAAGUGACUUCAGUGACCCAGUUUACAAAGAGAUCGCUCUUACGAAUGGCUGCAUUAAUAGAAUGAGUAAGGAAGAACUCAGAGCUAAACUUUCAGAAUUCAGGCUGGAAACCAGAGGAGUAAAGGAUGUAUUAAAGAAGAGGCUCAAAAACUAUUAUAAGAAACAGAAGCUGAUGUUGAAAGGGGACAACUGUGCCGACAGUUACUACGACUACAUUUGUAUUAUUGACUUUGAAGCAACUUGUGAAGAGGGUAACCCACCUGAGUUCAUACAUGAAAUAAUUGAAUUUCCUGUUGUCUUACUGAAUACUCAUACCUUAGAAAUAGAAGAUACGUUUCAGCAGUAUGUGAGACCAGAGAUUAACACACAGCUUUCUGAUUUCUGCAUCAACCUUACUGGAAUCACUCAGGAUCAGGUAGACAGAGCUGAUACCUUCCCUCAGGUACUAAAAAAAGUAAUUGACUGGAUGAAAUUGAAGGAAUUAGGAACAAAGUAUAAAUAUUCCAUAUUAACAGACGGUUCGUGGGAUAUGAGUAAGUUCCUGAACAUUCAGUGCCAGCUCAGCAGGCUCAGAUAUCCUCCUUUUGCUAAAAAGUGGAUCAAUAUUCGAAAGUCAUAUGGAAACUUUUACAAGGUUCCUAGAAGCCAAACCAAACUGACAAUAAUGCUUGAAAAACUAGGAAUGAAUUACGACGGGAGGCCUCACAGCGGACUCGAUGACUCUAAGAACAUUGCUCGAAUUGCAGUUCGAAUGCUUCAGGAUGGCUGUGAACUCCGAGUCAACGAGAAAAUGCAUUCUGGACAGCUAAUGAGUGUGUGCACUUCCUCACCAAUAGAGGGCACUCCAGCUCCGCAAAUGCCACAUUUUAGAAAGUAACAUCUAGCAUUUUUGUCCGUGAAUCAUUCAUUCUAACUGGAGUUACUACAAAGAGGUAGCAGCUGAGUACUCAUUGAAUUAGUCCUGCAGUGCAAAAUGCAAGCACCUGAAAAUUUAAGAUCUUAUUGCAGUUACAGAUGUGGCUAAUUGUAUUUGUGUACAUGAACAGAUUUUGUGGGGAGGGCGUAUUGAAUUGUCACCAGCACUUUCGAUACGAGCAGUAUUUGUUACACAGUAACAGUUCCUGCUUAGAACUGAAUUUUAUAAUUUAAGGUAUCCGGGAUGUAUUCCUUUUAGUUUUAAAUGCAGAGUUUUAUUGGCUCACCCCUUGACCGUUAAUGUCUUACUGAAGUUAAAAUAUAUAAUACAUCUCUACGUUAACAUCAUUAGAUCACGUCAUUUCUUAAAGUGCAGACAAGAUUGGAAGGCAGGCCUUAUCUAGCCUGUGGCUUUUAAGAAUAUCAUAGUCCUUUUGAUUUUUGAAGUUUGUGUGUGAUAUUCAGCUGUAUGUGGUGUGCUGGGUACACAUACCUGCCUGUGUUUCUUUUCAACUCAUAAUUCGAAGACUGGUGAUACAUUAUAGAUUCUGGUUAAUAAUUCAGUUACUCAUGAAAUUAAUGAAAAGUCAGAAGAAAAUUUAAAGGAAUAUGAUGGGGCUGUAGUGGUGCAGUGGUUAAGCACUUGGCUGCUAACCGAAAGGUCAGCAGUUUAAACCCACCAGCCACUCU